GAGAGACAGCUGCGUAAUCAUAUUGCGGCACCGUUUUUACUUGCAGCAGCUGCUGCUUGCGGAGGACAUCAGCCCACUGCGGCUCUCUGCAGUCUCUGGCCCGCUCCUGCAGGACCGGUCACUGCGGCCAUUGCUACUCUCUGCACCCCAGCCCGGCCACCGCUGCCUCUGUCCUGUUCUCACAGCCUCAGCACCGCCUUCAUCCUGGCAGCAGCCUCGACCGUCGCUCCCAGCUCCCGUAUCGCAGUCCGACCACUACCGCACGUUCCACCUCUGCCCCAGCCACCGCCGCUUCUGAUAUUCCGGUGAGUCUUUCCUUGCGGAGGUCAGGUCUCCUGAUCUUGGCGGUAGCCACCUUAGGCGUGUGAGGUCCUUUGAAAAAUGGCCGAGUCAGCCGACCACAAGGAACUGUUAGAAUCCAGUCAAGAAGAGGCUGGUGAUAAGGUAAUGAUGGAGGGGCCCAGGGAACAGCCGGAGCGCGGUGAAGAAGCCGCCGCGGGGCCUGGGGAAGAAGGGGAAAAAGGUGAAGAGGCUGCUGCUGGGUCCGGGGAUGGCGGGGAAAAAGGUGAAGAUGCUGAUGAGGACUCAGACCCAGACCGUCCAAAAGGACUUAUCGGUUAUCUUUUAGAUACAGACUUUGUUGAAAGUCUGCCUGUGAAAGUUAAAUACCGUGUGUUAGCCCUAAAAAAGCUUCAAACUAGAGUGGCCAAUCUAGAAUCCAAAUUCCUAAGGGAAUUUCAUGGUAUUGAAAGAAAGUUUGCUGAAAUGUAUCAACCUUUAUUGGAAAAAAGACGUCAGAUAAUCAAUGCAAUCUAUGAACCUACAAAAGAGGAAUGUGAAUAUAAAUCAGACUCUGAGGACUAUGAUGAUGAGAUGUAUGAUGAGGAAGAGAUGUGUGGUAUUGAGGAGGGUCUGCUACAUGACUACAUAGAUGAGGAUGACGGUUGUGAAGAAGAUUAUUAUGAUUAUGCUAUUGAAGAGGAUGAUGAUGAUGAUGAUGACGACAAUGAUGACGACGACACCGAGGCAGCUGGAGAUGAGAAUAAAGAAGAGGAUCCUAAAGGAAUUCCUGAUUUUUGGCUGACUGUCUUAAAAAACGUUGACACACUCACUCCUUUGAUUAAGAAAUAUGAUGAGCCUAUUCUGAAGCUCCUGACAGAUAUUAAAGUGAAGCUUUCAGAUCCUGGUGAACCUCUCAGUUUCACGCUAGAAUUUCACUUCAAACCAAAUGAAUAUUUCAAAAAUGAGCUGUUGACAAAGACCUAUGUGCUGAAGUCAAGGCUAGCAUAUUAUGAUCCCCAUCCCUAUAGGGGAACCGCGAUUGAGUAUUGCAUAGGCUGUAAAAUAGAUUGGAAUGAAGGAAAGAAUGUCACUUUGAAAACAGUCAAGAAAAAGCAGAAACACCGGAUCUGGGGAACAAUUCGAACUGUGACUGAAGAUUUCCCCAAGGAUUCAUUCUUCAAUUUCUUUACUCCUCAAGGAAUCAACUCAAAGGGAAAGGAUGGAAAUGAUGAUUUUCUACUUGGUCACAAUUUACGUACUUACAUAAUCCCAAGAUCAGUAUUAUUUUUCUCAGGUGAUGCACUUGAAUCUCAGCAGGAGGGGGUAGUUAGGGAAGUUAAUGAUGAAAUUUAUGACAAAAUUAUUUACGAUAAUUGGAUGGCUGCAAUUGAGGAAGUUAAAGCCUGUUGCAAAAAUCUUGAAGCAAUAGUAGAAGACAUUGAUCGCUAAAGCAGAGUGUACAUGGCCCUGAAAUUAAUUGCCCUAGAUCUAGUUACUCAAGUUAU